UAAUUGACAUACUGACUCAAUCAAUGAUGAGGUACAUUUGACACCUAUACCGUACCACAGAGUGUUUAUACCUAGGUACUAAUUACUAUCCUGCUUUUUUUCGUUUUGUAUGUAACUCGAUUGCGUUAUUCUAGCUAUAUAGUUGAACGUCACAUCGUUCGACCAUCAUUGUCGGAAAAAUCAACAAAACUACUGAAAACUAUGACGAAACACUAUCCCACACCGUUUACGCCCAAAGACUCGACCGAAAUGUGCAUGCAGGUCAGAAAGCCGCUGUCGGCCUGCCACACGGAGAACUUUGUGUUCCUCAGGUUCCUCAUGCACCUCUUUGGGUAUACCGUUGACGGACCACCGACGCCGAAGGAUAAAAACGUACUAAUUGAAUCCGCCACGACGGAUAUUCGGACCGAGUUGCAUUUUUUGGAUGGUUAUCAACAUCUGUUCGAUGAAACAUUUAUGUCCGUGUUCCAGAAAAAGAGACGAAAAAGAGCCGUGGACGAUCAGUACGAUUUCGUGAUAGUAGGUGCCGGAUCUGCGGGCUGCGUCGUCGCAAACAGAUUGUCGGAGAUUAAAGACUGGAAGGUAUUACUCCUUGAAGCCGGGAUCGAGGAACCAGAAUUUUCUUCUGUGCCAGGUCUUGCACCUUUACAAUUAGGGAGCAAGAUCGAUUGGAAUUAUACAACACAGCCUGAUGAACACACGUGUAGGUCCAGACCAGGAGGUAUGUGUGAUUGGGCUAGGGGCAAAGUAAUGGGUGGGUCAAGUACGAUCAACUAUAUGAUUUAUACUCGAGGAAACAUGGAUGAUUAUAACGAAUGGGAACGUAUGGGAAACGAUGGAUGGGGGUAUGAAGAAGUUCUUCAAUAUUUCAAAAAAUCCGAGGAUAAUGAAGAUCCAGAAGUUUAUAAAAAAAACCAAAAGUUUCAUGGCAAAGGCGGAUAUCUUACGGUGGAAUGGUUUCCAUACGUAGACCCUACGGCAGUAGCUUUAAUAAAGGCGUGGCAAGAGAUCGGUUUGCAUUAUGUAGACGUAAAUGCCGAAAAUCAAAUAGGCGUAACUCAUUUACAAUCGACAGCUAGGCAUGGCGAACGAAUGAGCACUAACAAAGCGUUCAUAAGACCGAUUAGAAAAAAACGGAAAAACCUAACUGUUCUAACAGACGCGCAUGUUACUAGGAUAUUGAUCGAAAAGAAACGCGCUAUUGGGGUGGAGUUUUUGUACAAGAAAAAAAUUAGAACGGUGUUCGCAAAAAAAGAGGUGAUUCUGAGUGCCGGCAGUCUAAAUUCACCAAAAAUACUGAUGCUCUCCGGUAUCGGGCCUAAAAAACACUUGGACAAGAUGAAAAUUAAAGUUGUGAAGAACUUAGCCGUUGGUAAGAACCUACAAGAUCACGUUACGUCUGACGGUGUUGUAAUUCGCGUGAAAAAAACAGCUACUGACAAGCCGCUCAAAGAGAAAAAGGAAGACGCUGUUUUGUACAAAAAAAAAAGAAAAGGUCCUCUGGCGGCCACUGGCCCAUUACAAUGUGGAGUAUUCCUUCAAACUAAAUAUGAAGAUACACUGGAUCUGCCGGACAUAAAUUAUGCAUUUGACAAUGGCAACGAGAAAGAUUGGAUUAUCGACCCUGCAAAUGCCACAAAAUUCGGUAUGUCUCCUGUUUCUUAUUACGAAGCGAUUAACGUGAGACCGAUUUUGUUGAAGCCAAAAAGUAGAGGAUACAUAUUACUCAACGAAACUCAUCCAAUUUGGGGUCAACCAUUGAUUUAUCCACGUUUCUUUACUAAAGGAAACGAUCUUGAUAUACUCGUUGAAGGUAAUGUAAACAUUAUACAUAUUGUAUUACCUAUCCAUAGAUAUAAUAAAAAUUUAAAAUCCAAAGACAACCAUCGGACAUUUUUGACAUUCUAUAACAACUGAUCUAUACAUUUAUA